AGAUGAAGAAGAAUAUAAUUUGCAUGGACUUUUUAGUUGGUAGGCCUAUGGAUUAAAAUAUUUAUACUGUAAAAUGGCAAGUACAGACAGUGAGGUGAAAACGUUACUGAAUUUUGUAAACUUGGCAUCCAGUGACAUCAAGGCGGCUCUGGACAAAUCAGCCCCUUGCAGGCGCUCUGUGGACCACAGGAAAUACCUGCAGAAACAGCUCAAGCGUUUUUCUCAGAAAUACGCUCGGAUGCCCAGAUGCCACACACACAGGUCCACGGAGUCUAGCAUCGCCAAAGAUGUGGUGAACAAGUCCAGCGAGUAUUCAUUGGAGACAAUUCACCCGAGCACGACGCGCAUCAAUGAAAAAGGGGGUUCGGAUGCGAGAGACGUAGAGAACGCAAGGAUGGCUCAAACCCCAACUGUAGACAAUGAUAACAGUAAGCAAGAACAGGUACCCAUGAGGAAACGUCAACUCCCUGCAUCGUUUUGGGAGGAACCCCGAUUAGCCCAAACCAACACAGACUAUUUGCAGUAUGGAUGGAAAAAGAGCCAAGGUGUGAUAGGAAUCAACGAUGUUGAAAAAAUAAAAAAAGCUCACGAGGAACUAACACCGAGCUUGCUUCUCUCCAAUAGACGUGGCUCUGUUGAGAUAGAACCGCUCAAACUGGACGUGGCCUCUCAUAACGUCAAUGUGUGCGGUUUCUGUCCGUUUCAGUACCACGGACACCAAGUCUUUCAGAGUCACAUAGUUGUUCCACAAUCGGCGGUGGGACUCUGGGGGAAAGCCACAGUGGCUGAAACGGAAACACCCGACAUAACACACCGACAUAAGAACUACACGCAUGUCGUGGUCAAACCCAUACCGACUAAACCCACGGUCCCGCCAUCCAUUUUCAACGUGUUUGGGUUCAUUUAAACACAAUUACAGACGUAUAAUGAAGAUGUAAAUAUUAAUUUGUUUAGUUCGAUAUGCCGUUACUUUUUUAUUUCAAACUUUGCAUUUCUCUUUUUUAAAUAGUAGUCAUAAAUAAGCACUUAAGUAGUCUUACAUUUCAUACCAAACAUUUCUGCUUGGAACACCUGCACCUUUACCACUUGGGUUCCAUAACGUCUAAGGAAUUUAUUAUAAAAUCAUAGCACCGUCUCAAAAUGAAAAAUGUAGACUACUUCAUCUUUCUCAUUUUUAAAAUGGAAGGGAAUUUAUGUUGAUAUAGGAAUGGAGUGACAUUUGACGUUGUCCAUUUUUUGAUUCGUCGUGAUAAUCUAUGCUAAAGGAGAGGUAUACGGGUGUGUUGAUUGCCUCAUGGUGUAUAUAUCUCUUAAAUACACUGGUUUAAAAAUGAAUUGAUCAAAAUUACUUGUAGUUCACUUGUGUUUGUCAACAAAAAGUAAAACACAGACUGACAGAUA